UUGUUUACAUUUGCUGCACAGAGCUGUGCACGUGGAUUUCAACUUCCGGAAUCAACAAAUUCACAUUUUUAUAUGUGACAAAGUUUUCUGGUUUUGAUGAAAUGAUCUAAUACUAUUGUAACAAGAACUAAACACAGUUUUAUUAUGUCGCAUUACAAUUUUAAGAAAAUCACUGUUGUGCCAACAGCGAAGGACUUUGUGGAUAUAGUCCUGUCUAAGACACAGAGGAAAACACCAACAGUGGUUCACAAGCAUUACAAGAUUUCAAGAAUUCGACAGUUCUAUACUAGGAAGAUCAAGUUCGCCCAACAGACUUUCCAUGAUAAACUUUCACAGAUAAUUACAGACUUUCCUAAACUUGAAGAUGUCCAUCCAUUUUAUGCAGACCUGAUGAAUGUUCUAUAUGAUAAAGAUCAUUUCAAGCUGGCUUUAGGACAGAUCAACACUGCCAGACAUCUGAUAGAUAAUGUUGCCAAAGACUAUGUGCGACUGAUGAAAUAUGCUGAUAGUUUGUAUAGAUGUAAACAGCUAAAGAAAGCGGCUUUAGGAAGAAUGUGUACUAUAAUGAAACGUCAGAAACAGAGUUUGGAAUAUCUAGAACAAGUUCGCCAGCACUUAUCCCGUUUACCUACAAUAGAUCCUAACACAAGAACAUUACUCAUCUGUGGCUUUCCAAAUGUCGGCAAAUCUAGUUUUAUAAAUAAGAUUACACGGGCAGAUGUUGAAGUCCAGCCAUAUGCAUUUACAACAAAGUCAUUAUUUGUUGGUCACACAGAUUAUAAAUAUUUAAGGUGGCAGGUAACCUACCUCCUUAAGGUGGCUGAGAAGCCAAAAUAUUCUGGUCGACCUCCUCCACCAAACAGAUUUGGCAUCAUGCCAGGUUACCGCUGGGACGGUGUUGAUCGGUCAAAUGGUUUUGAAAAACAAGUAUACGCAAAACAAGCAGAGAGAAAAGCAGUGUCUGAACAAGCUUACAAAUGGAGUGUUGAAGAUAUGUGA